AUGAAUCAAGCUGGGAACGAGGCAACGGUUGGCGGUGAUCAGUCUGAACAAUCUGAUCAGUACUCUGUGCAUUCUUAUAAUCUUCGGCGUAAGCGCCCUGCUAGCCCUGCAAAAAAAAGCAUACCUGACGCAGUUAAUUUCGACAACGAUAAGCAACUUUAUCCAAAAGAUUUCCUUUCAUUUGCACUCCAGAUUGCUCAAGGAAUGGAGUAUUUGGCAUCUAAAGGAUGCGUUCAUCGUGAUCUUGCUGCUCGUAACAUUUUGGUUGCUGAGGAUAAUAUUAUGAAAAUUGCUGACUUUGGUCUGGCUCGAAUUCUUCAAUCUGUUGACUAUUACCGGAAAACCACUGAAGGUGUUAUACCAGUGCGAUGGAUGGCUCCUGAAGCAAUUUAUCAAAUUUAUUCCAGUUCCAGUGAUGUUUGGUCUUUCGGAGUAGUUCUUUGGGAAAUAUUCACUCUCGGAUUAUUACCAUAUCAAGAGGUUGACCAAAGUAACCUUUACACUUUGCUGAGGCAAGGCCAUAGACUUGAACAGCCAUCAAAGUGCCCUAAUCGAGUUCACAAGCUGAUGAGACGAUGCUGGAGAUUCAACUCAUGGGAGAGACCGAAAUUUUCUUAUUUAGUCAAGGAACUGGAUGAUAUUUCAAAUAAUCGACAUUCUCUUAUGGAUACGCAGUCAGAAAGUGACAGUUUUGACGCUGAAGAAUCAAGUCUUCACAGUUAUUUAAAUAAUAACAUAACGCAAUUGAAUCGACUUUAUUUCAUUAACAAGUCCAUUAAACAACAUUAUCCAACAAGUAAAUUAAUUGUAAAAUAA